AUGUCCAUUGGUGUCCAAGAGCAGAGAACCAGCGUGUCGGGACUUCCCGACCCUGACGACAGCAACGGCCCCAACAUCUCCACGUUCCAGCGGCUCUCGUUGUCCAUCCCCAUCGAGGCCAAAAACUACUCGUUCAUAUGGCUGUUCUUAUCCACCUCGUUGAACUUAGACAGUCCCGACCUCUUUUUCUCCACCAACGCCAGACCGGCAGACCCGCCAGUGCCACAGCCUAGUGGCUCGCUUGAGGGCUUGCCUGACGUGGCGUUUCCCACCGACUUGUGGCUCAAAGAUGACAUCUGCGUUCGGGACGUCAAGAUUAAGACCUCGGUGUUGCAGGAGCUCAACCUCUCCAUCGAGAAAGAGUUGUCCAGCCAGAGUCCCUUGUUUGAACAGCAGGUGUUGAACUACUACGACAAGCUUCUCACCGCCUACAGAGUCUACGAUAUUCCCGUGCGGUCCUCGGUCAGCUCGGUCUACACUCCUCCAGAGGUGUCCCUCCGUGAGGAGGACGACGAGGAUGGCACCUCCAACGGCGAGGAUUACGUGUUGGAAGACUCCAAGUCUAUUGCAAGAACCACAUCUAACCAGUCGUCCACCACGUCCCAGAAAACCUCCAAUUCUGCCCUUUCUGGCCACCAACCGUCGUCCGCUACCAACACCCCCACUCCAUCGGCAGGAGCUAACAAACAUUCAUCGCAAACGAGCAACAAGCGAGUCUCGGCCUUGUCCCGAGAAUUUACAUCCCAGAGGAAGAGAUUCCUGACGAUGUUGGGCCACGAGGGAAACCCUGAGACCGUCCCUGCAGAGGAGGAGCACAAGAAGCAGCAGGUGUUGAACAGCUUGCUUGCGAAAUCGAGAAUAUAUAAUAAGAUCAAGAAGCACCGAGAACUGUCUAGCUCCAUGAGCUCUAAUGUGUCCAGCCCUUCUAGCUAUAGCAAUAGAAACAGUCUUACCACCACCACUACCGCCAAUUCAUCGACCGCAUCAAGAAGAAGGGGAAGCUCAAACUAUUUUGCAAGCUCGCCCGAUAUCAACGAAUCCAGAUUACUCCAGCAAACACCACCUUCGCCCCCAAUCACCCUAUUGACAAAAGAGCAGAAGGCAGACAACAGGAAACAGAAAUACGACUACUAUGUGCAGCUCACCAAGCUCAUGGAUGUGUCACAGCUCCUUGUGAAUUAUGCCCUCAAGGCGAACGCCAGCCAAAAUCCAAAUAACCUUAAGGUGAUUGAAUUCAUUGAGUUUCUCAAGAAAAAAGUAUUGAAAUUUAUUAUCAUCGAUAUAUCCCAGAUGUUGUUGGACUAUGCUCAAUUGAAGGCGUCGUCAAUCUAUAGCUCGAGGUGA